AUGGCGGACGACGCCGCUCGCCAGCGCUUCGCCUUGCCGCCCCACGUGGGGUCGUCGACGGCGCUGGGCUUCCUGCCCGUGGUGGACUGGCGUGCAGCAGGGCCUCCAGUCCCAGCGCUGAGCGACUCGGCGGCGGUCGAGGCGUACCUCGAGUACCCGCGCCAGUGGCAGGCCGUGUUCGCGCGCGACUGCGCGCUGUUCUGGGGGCAGGAGCGCGCGCCGCGGUGGCCAGAAUAUGUGGCGAUGCCCUCAGACAUGCAGGCCGUGACGACGGACGAGGCGGACGAGGCGGCCAGCUACGUAUACGAGGAGCAGGAUGCAGCAGCCCACGCCAGCAUAGACGACGCCAGCAGCCCGCCGACGCCAGGCUCCGUCUACGCCAGCGGCCUGCACCCAGCCGACCUCUCAUGCAACGAGUCGGGCCGCCAUCAGCCGAUAUUGCCGCAGACGCCGAAGUGGAUCCCGUGCCCGCAGCCCAAAAGCGGCGCCAGCAGCCAGCCGCUUAAAUCAGCACAGGCGGCGCCAGCAGCCGAGAGCACCGGUGAACCAGAGGGCGCCAGCAGCUCGGCCAACGCGCCAGCCGCCUACCACGGCACAGCCGCCAGCAGCCAGCCGCCUACACCCGCGCAGGCGGCGCCAGCAGCCGAGAGCGUCGGUGAACCAGAGACCGCCAGCAGCGCGGGCCAGCCGCCAGCCGCCAACGCCAGCGCAGCCGCCAGCAGCUCGGGCGAGCCGCCCUCACAGACGCCAGCACAGGCGCCAGCCGCCGACGUCAGCCCAGGCGCCAGCAGCUCGGGCCCGCCGCCGCAGCCGCCUGCGGCCAGGGCGAUCACUGGCGACCGCCGCAGAGGCAGCGGCGUGCUCCGCGCGAGCGGCAAGUGCGGGGGCCGCGGCGGGAAGAAGAACCCGAACGUGCAGUGCGCGGGUCUCGCGAUGGCCACGCGCGAGGG